AUGGGUGAUAUUCAUAACGAAAAAAGUGAUUUAGAAAAAAACAUAAAUGAGGAAACAAAAGAUUCAUCAGAUGAAUCAAGCGAUUCCUAUUAUAAAAAUAAAUUUCGCUUUAAAAAAAACUCAAUAGAAAUAAAAAAGAAAAGUUUACUGAAAAACAAAUUAAAAAGUGAUGAUAUAAAAAUAAUAAAAAACGAUUUACAUGAGAAUAAUAAAAUUCUAGAUAACGGAGAAAUUUUCUGCCUUAGAAGCCAAAAUGAAAAUGAGAAAAAUGAAAAUUUGGAAAAGAUAAUUAAAAUAGGUACAAAAAAUAGUACUAUGGACAAGAAAAAUAAAAGUAGUAUAACUUUUGCAAAUGAUAAAAAAGAAAAAUAUAAAGAAGAAAAUCAACAGAUAAAUGAAAAUGCAAAUGAAAUACAAAUAAAAAUAGAAAAGGAACAAAAAUAUAAAGAUGAAAUUAAUCAUGACAAAAAUGAUAAUGAAAUAAAAUCUACAAAUUUUAAUAACGAAAAAAAAAGUUUCAAUUAUUAUAGCAAUAAUAUAAAGGAAAAAAUAAAUUCUCAAAAUGAUACACCCAAUGAAAAAAAUUGUGAACUUUUUGACUCCGAAAAUAUAAAUACUAAAAUUAAUAAAAAACUAAAAAAAAUUAAAAUGAUAAAAGAGAAAAAAAAAAAUGAAGAAUUAUCUACAUUAAAUCUAAUUAAAAAACAUGGAAGAUUGGUAAAUAAAAUUGAAGAAAUUUAUAUAAAUAAUAGUGAAGAAAUAGAAAAUAUGAGAAAUGACUUCACAUCUUUAAAAAAUGACCUCAAUAAAUUAAUGAGUAUAAUAAAUAUAGGUCAAAAAGCAGUUGCUUUGUUAAAAUAA